AAACAACUAUAAAUACCUACCUUGAGGUACGUGCAUGGUAUCAAGCAGUCUCUUCUUCUUCUUCUCUUCUACGUUCAUUGGCGAUAUCCCUGGAUUUGAAUUGUUCAGGGCAUAUCAAUAUGGCCAUGAACGUCUCCACCACCAUCGGUUUACUUAACGCCACCUCCUUCGCCUCCUCCUCCUCCAUCAACACGGUCAAGAUCUUGUUCGUCACCCUCUUUAUUUCCAUUGUUAGUACUAUUGUAAAACUUCAAAAGAGUGCUGCUAACAAGGAAGGUAGCAAGAAACUCCCACUCCCUCCUGGCCCUACUCCAUGGCCACUCAUCGGAAACAUCCCGGAAAUGAUCCGGUACAGACCCACGUUUCGGUGGAUUCACCAACUCAUGAAGGAUAUGAACACUGAUAUUUGUCUCAUUCGUUUUGGAAGAACUAACUUUGUUCCUAUAAGCUGUCCUGUUCUUGCUCGUGAAAUACUAAAAAAGAAUGACGCUAUCUUCUCUAACAGGCCAAAGACUCUCUCUGCAAAAUCUAUGAGCGGAGGAUACUUGACAACUAUUGUGGUUCCAUACAAUGACCAGUGGAAGAAAAUGAGGAAGAUCUUAACCUCAGAGAUCAUUUCUCCGGCUAGACACAAAUGGCUCCAUGAUAAAAGAGCUGAGGAGGCUGAUAAUCUUGUGUUUUACAUCCACAACCAGUUCAAAGCAAAUAAAAAUGUGAAUUUGAGAACAGCCACCAGGCAUUACGGCGGGAAUGUGAUCAGAAAAAUGGUGUUCAGCAAGAGAUACUUCGGCAAGGGAAUGCCGGACGGAGGACCAGGGCCUGAAGAAAUCGAGCACAUUGAUGCCGUUUUCACUGCCUUGAAAUACUUGUAUGGAUUUUGCAUAUCAGAUUUCUUGCCUUUCUUGUUGGGACUUGAUCUGGAUGGCCAAGAAAAAUUUGUGCUUGAUGCAAAUAAGACCAUAAGGGAUUAUCAGAACCCUUUAAUUGAUGAAAGGAUUCAACAAUGGAAGAGUGGUGAAAGGAAGGAAAUGGAGGACUUGCUUGAUGUUUUCAUCACUCUCAAGGAUUCAGACGGCAACCCAUUGCUCACUCCUGACGAGAUCAAGAAUCAAAUAGCUGAAAUUAUGAUAGCAACAGUAGAUAACCCAUCAAACGCAAUCGAAUGGGCAAUGGGGGAGAUGCUAAAUCAACCAGAAAUCCUGAAGAAGGCCACAGAAGAGCUCGACAGGGUGGUCGGCAAAGACAGGCUUGUUCAAGAAUCCGACAUCCCCAACCUUGACUAUGUCAAAGCCUGUGCAAGAGAAGCCUUCAGGCUCCAUCCAGUAGCACACUUCAAUGUCCCUCAUGUAGCCAUGGAAGACACUGUCAUUGGUGAUUACUUUAUUCCAAAGGGCAGCUGGGCAGUUCUCAGCCGCUAUGGGCUCGGCAGGAACCCAAAGACAUGGUCUGAUCCUCUCAAGUACGAUCCAGAAAGGCACAUGAACGAGGGAGAGGUGGUGCUCACUGAGCACGAGUUAAGGUUUGUGACUUUCAGCACUGGAAGACGUGGCUGCGUAGCUUCGUUGCUUGGAAGCUGCAUGACGACGAUGUUGCUGGCGAGGAUGCUGCAGUGCUUCACUUGGACUCCACCAGCCAAUGUUUCCAAGAUUGAUCUCGCCGAGACUCUAGAUGAGCUUACUCCUGCAACACCCAUCUCUGCAUUUGCCAAGCCUCGCCUGGCUCCUCAUCUCUACCCUACGUCACCUUGAAAGAGAGAUCAGAUCUUAUCAGUUCUUAGAACGUCCUUUAAUUAUGAUUUGCUAAAAACAAAUAAAAAUCAUUUGGUUAUUGUGUAGGUAAUCUUACAAGCUUCCUGUUUAUUGAGAGUUGUUAAUUAACUCUCAAAAUGAUUUGUGGGGUUAUCUUGUUUCUCUUGCAAUAUAGUUGCUUUACUAGAAUUGCCUUA